AUGUCACUCGACCACAACAGCACCACCGCCGCCACCGAGGAGAACCACGAGGCCGCAUCGAUGGACGUUGCAAGAGAAAUCGCUCAGGAUCGCAUGAGCAACCACGUCCGAAUGAACCAAGAGGACCAUCCCAAUCUCAGAGUACAAGUCCACCCAGACGAGCCGGACCAUUCGAAACCAUCGUCCCAGAGAACGCUAUCCGCAAAGCAGGAGCGCGAAGCCAAAGAUGGAGUCCCAACAACGGAACCUCAGCGCAAGGCCUCCCUGUAA